CAGAGAUACCCCCUUCCCUCCAAAAGCAGGACACGCGCGGAACACAACGGGCAAAGGCUGCUGGUGCACUAGAGUAGGAAGCAGUAAGCCUCAUCAAAAGCAGUACUGCAUGCCAUGCCAUGCCCUGUCCUCCUCCUCCUCCUCCUCUUCUUGCAUGCCACACCAGCACCAGCACCACAUCCUAGCUAUCUAGCAGCACAGCAGCCACCUCUGCCGGCCAAGCCAAGCAUACCGGAUAGAUAGAUAGAUAGAUAUUUUGAUUGGGAUUUAUAGGGACACCUUUUCCCUCACACAGUGCGCACAUCACAUCAAGAAUCAAUCUACAAGAGACCAUCGAUCCAUCCAUCAAAGGAUAACAGGUGACCAACACAGGCACAGGAGGGGGAGCCAGGAUCAAGAAGAAGAAGGUUCCUUCAGUCGCUGAAUCAUAGAGAGGAGGAGGGGGGAGCCAUGGUGUCGCGGGGGAAGGAGGAGGAGGCCGCCGCCGGGUGGGAGGGGGAGAAAGAGGGCGAGAUCGACUACGUGUUCAAGGUGGUGGUGGUGGGCGACUCGGCGGUGGGCAAGACGCAGCUGCUGGGGCGGUUCGCCAAGGACGAGUUCUUCCUCGACUCCAAGUCCACCAUCGGCGUCGAGUUCCAGACCCGCACCCUCACCCUCCACCGCAAGCGCGUCAAGGCGCAGAUCUGGGACACCGCCGGACAGGAGAGGUACCGGGCGGUGACGAGCGCCUACUACCGGGGCGCGCUGGGCGCCAUGGUGGUGUACGACGUGACCCGGCGCGCCACCUUCGACCACGUGCCCCGCUGGGUGGAGGAGCUCCGCGCCCACGCCGACGGCUCCACCGUCGUGGCGCUCGUCGGCAACAAGGCCGACGCGCCGGCGCACCGCCGCGAGGUGCCCGCCGACGAGGCCGCGCGGUUCGCGGAGGAGCAGGGGCUCUUCUUCUCCGAGGCGUCGGCGCUCACGGGCGACAACGUGGAGCGCGCCUUCCUCGCGCUCCUCGAGGAGGUCUUCGCCGUCGUCUCCCGCCGGGCGCUGGAGCUCGACGAGGCCCGCCGGACGCGCAACGGCGACGGCGACGGCGACCGCGGCCAGGCGCUGUCGCUGAGGGGCACCACGGUGGACCUCCACGACCCCAUCAUGGAGACCAGCGCCAUGAAGAAGACCGCCUCCUCGCAGUGCUCCUGCUCGUGAUCGGCACGUAGCUUUCGUUCACACCAUAUUACAUUACACCAUGCGAUUUCUCGAUAACAGAAGAAGUUUAGACAUGUAAAGCAUUUGUUUUUGCUGUACAUACAUUGUGAUUGUGAUAAGAAAUGGUUGGAUGCA